CUUUAAUACUGGCGGCCAUUUUACCACAGGUAAGCACGUGGUUUUAGUAUACGGAGUCGUUUCUUUUUUUGUCACGUGUUAUACGGAGAUAGUAGAGAAAGAUGUCUACUUCUUUAAGAGCCUCAUCUAGACUGCAACUUAUCUCUACUGAUGAUUGUUUCUAUUUAGUGCCCACCUCUGGUAAUAUUGAUAAAGUGUUGGAGAUUACGAAAUUUGACUGUCAACUGCAAUUAGUGGAUAGAAGUAAAGUGUCAACUAUUAAUGGAGAGAGGAGGGACUGUCAGUUAUUAAUUGGAUUAAUUAGAUUAUUAGGAGGUCCUUAUUUAUUAGUUGGUACUCAGUACAGGUUGGUAGGUAUCAUUAACGGACACGAGAUGACUAAUUAUGAUGUCAUACCAUUUGUUAAGAGCACACUCCAUUUAACACAAUCACAGGUUAGGGAUAUACACAUGUACAUGGACACUCUCUCUCUCUUUUCCUAUUACUGUAUUGUAUGCAGUGACAGUGUUUUUAUAUUGAGGAGCAAAUUUUGAUUUUUAAUUACAUGUACAUACUACAUACAUGUACAUGUAAUUAUGUAAAGUGUUAAUUAACUUUCACUUUAAGUAUUAUGAGUACAUGUAUACAGUAUAGUCUCUCUUAAUGGACACUCUCUAUAGCGUAUGCCUCCAUUUAACGAACA